ACUUUUAACGUCAAGUUUACCGCACGUAAGUCUUGUUUCAGCCAAUUCUUUCCAUAGCAUUGCAGUUUAUUGUUCUGUUUGCGAAUCAGAAGCUGGAAAAAAGCUUCGAGAAGCUCACGACUCGUUACUUCUGUCAAUCAAAACAAAAAAAGCAGCAAAAUAAAAAACGAGCUGGUUUUAUGACGAAAAUAAUUUCCACCAUCGUUUCGUUUAGUUUGCUUCUGGUUGUUUCGGCUAUGACACUUUAUGACGUUAUUAGUGGUCAUAACGAGUUAUGGAAAAAAUUUCCACUCAUUUAUGGAUUAAAUCUUGUGCGCGAUCCCGCGCGCGCACUUGCUCUUUCAAAGCUCAACGAGAGUGAGAUGUGCGUUUUGAUUAUGGGACAACUCGAUUAAAAUCAACAAUAGAAGAAUGCGGAUUAGAAUGUCAACACAUUUGACUUUAAAUUGACGGAGUGCAAAUUUCAACGACAAUCCAUUUUUCUAGCUCCAUUUAGUGUUUAAUAACAGUUUGCAGAAGGAAAAGUGAAUAUCUAAUGAUGGUCAUUAGCCUGUUUGUAUGCAUCAACAAAGUCGAUGCUAUAUUCACAUCAAUUAUGAUCUGGCGCUUUUGAUUUUAAUGUUAUUGUGCCCUGAUAUGUUUGAGCGCCAAUGAUUGCGUAGUUAUUUUAAGUGUUCUUACAAUUCUCUAGACGAUUUUGAUUCGCAUAAUAUAAUUGAGAGUCAGCGGAAUGAAAAUGCAGAUAUUUAAAGAUACAAAGAAAGGCACAAAGUGACACACUGUCAAAUAAACUCAUUUACAUUGGUAUUUUCAAUGCGUUGCCGAUUAAUUUUCUGCUCCCGAUAUCCGUUCUUCUGUCCAGCAUUUGCUCAAACUUCUUUCAUUCUCUCAAUCUUGUAUCGUUUGGCAUUUCAGCUCAAUCAACUGCAAAUGUGUGACAAUAUGCUAAUUUGAUCCGUUAAAUUUGAAUAUUUCUCUAUUUCAUUCAAAAAAGAAUUCAUCAAAAGAAUGGAAGAUUCUCCGGAAAAAAGGCUUGUGACUGUUUUCUCCUCUUAUUGGAUUUGUAGUUUUCCAGAAUCGAUUCCAUUUUGCUUCAUCUUCAAUCAAUCAAAUAUGAUAUCAACCGCAUGAUGUGGCAAUAAAGAUAACUUCUCUGUUUGGAUGUUCAACUUGAACUAACUUGUAUCACAAGAUGUUUGUUAUUUAAAUGUAAUUGAACCUCAAAUCGAACUAUUUCCUUGAAAUUGAACCUUUUUUUCUCAAAUCGAACGUCAAAUCGAACCAUUUUUUCUUAAAAUUGAACCUCAAAUCGAACUAUUUUCAUGAAAUCGAUCCUUCAGUCGAACUAUUUUAUGAAAUUGAGCCUCAAAUGUGCCAUAAGUGUUUAUCACUUACACACAUACACACAUGUGUAUCAAAAGAACAGAAAAAAGAAUUGUGAUACAAAUUGCAUACUGAAUAUAAAAAAAAUAGAUAAAUCGAUUUACAUGAGCUGUAUUGAUAGCAAUGUGAUAAAAUUAAUUAAAUGAAUGAAUGAAUGUAUGUGUAUGUGUGUGUGAAAGAGAGAAAAUGCACUGUAUAUUUGUUUUUUACUCGCAUCUUAUUAUCAUUCACAAACUUUUGCAUUCAAACUUGAAUUUAAAAAAAAAAUCUGUUCCUUAUUUUCAUAGUUUUAUUUAAAAAAAAUAAAAAGAAAAUAACGAUUUCAAAAUUCAGUUUUAUGUGUUGUUUUUUGAUCUAAGUAUUCGAUCGGAUUGAUUUAGUUUUGAUUAUCAUGGAAAAAUCAUUUCAAAAAAUUAUCAUGUCAGUCAAUGUUUUUCAUAUUGUCAAUCAAUACACUCACUCAUACAUCAAUUAAAUAAAUUAACACCAUGUGUGUGUGUGUGUAUAUGUGUAUGUGUGUGCACUAAUACUGAAAAACGUGGAUGAAACCGGCAUUUACAUACUACUAGUAUGUACAUACACACACACACACACACACACACCUCUCUCUCGCUCACGCUCAGUAACGUUCAAAGUACAACUUCGAAAAAUGUGCAACACAAAGUAAUUUCAGUUAGAUAUAGAAAGUUCAAUAACAUUUAAUGCAAGGUAUCAGCAAACAUAUUUUUCAGUUAAUUGCAAUAUUAGCAAAAUCAAGUAAAGUCCAAUAAAUUCAUCAACUCACAAACUUAUACGAAAACUGCGUAGAUAGUAAGAAAGAAAAUUAAAAACCAGUUAAUGUUUAACAUUCAAACGAAACAGUUGUUAAUCAUUUCUCCACAGUAGUCAUGUGAAAUAUAAAUCUAUGGCUAUGGAAUUUCAAUCAAAAAAUGUUCACCUUUCAAACGAAGCAAUCGUGAUUUCGUUCGAUCAUUCGUUGAAAGUAUUUUAUUCAGCUAGCUUCACUUUUUCUUCAGUGCAAUUUGUGAGUAUGAAAUAAGAAAAAUUUGUGCAUUUUUUUUUUUGCAGUGUUGUUUUGCUUUUUCAGUGAGAGAAAAUUGUUUCGGAAUGCCGUCGCAUGUUGCUGCUGAUGAGGAAGUUGAGCCAUCCGGGUCGUUUGAAUCAGCAGUUUGUGAAUUAGAUACACCGACUAAUACAAAAUUCGACGACGAUCACGACGAAAUUUACACAAUAUAAAUUGAUUCGUUUCUUAUUCUAUUGAUACAAUUGCUUUGCCUAUUACUUUGUGGUUGUUAUUUCUCUAUUUUUAUUAUGGUUGGUGAUUUCCACAUCAUUUUCUCUUUUAAUCUCACUCAAAUCCAUAUAAAUGCAUAACAAUUUAUUAAUUAUGAACAACAACAACUGAAGCAAUGCAAAUAAUCAUAUACCAUCGCUAUAGUUUACGCUACACACACACGCAUACACUUGUUUCUUCUAGUUUUUUUCUCUCACUCUCUCUCACAUGCAUAUACUUGUUUCUUCGAUUCACGAAUUCCUCUCAUACAUUUGCUCUAUAUUUCAUCACAUAAUGAAAUAGCAUGAAUGGCAUCGCUGCAAUUGCAUGACUAAUUGUAUUUUUUAACCUUGAACGAGUUCAUUGAACGCAUACGUUGCUGUCGCGAUAGUGAACGUUUGUUCAUGUUAUUGUUGUUGCAUUUUACACUAUGCUUUUUUGCUACCAUUGCGUCUGUUUACAUUUUUAUUUUCAUCAAUAAUUCGUAUUAUUUUAUGUAAGAGUGUUCGAUUUGAUAUUCAAUUUAAUGCAAAUAGUUCGAUUUCAUGUUAAUAUUUCGAUUUUUGUUUUGUUCAUGAAAAUAAUUCGAUUUUAGGUUCAAUUUCAUGAAAAUAGUUCGAUUUGAGGUUCGAUUUCCUGAAAAUACGCUCGAUUUGAGGUUUCAUUGUAAUUAAAUGUCAAACAUCUGAUGAUACAACUAGAUCAAUCGAAUUGUAAUUUUUGUUCGGUGCGUUCCGAAAGGAACGGUUCAUAUUGAUAUACCAAAAUAGAAUUACGCCUGUGAAAAAAACGUUAAAUAUCGAUGUGAGUAACAAUGAUGUUACCGUCCUCUAAUACAAUUGAAGAUGUCCCUAGUGUUGAGCUACAAGUGCGUGAAAAUGCAUUUAAUAGACGAAUUAACACCUUCGCUAUUGUAAACAAUGGACAUAUUGAUAUUGAAAUAUUUCUAAGCGAUGCCUUUCAUAUAUAUCGCUCGGAAGUUACGAAAAAUAUUGAAAAUUUUAUUAACGUGAAGUCAAUGACUGUAUUCGUAGCAGAGUUUGAAAAAAAAAUUGUAAACCCAGAUGAAAAUAAUGAUUCUUACGAUGAUGAUGAUACUGGCGGUAAUCAUAGUCAUGAGUUAACGGAGAAAGAGACUAUAUAUCUCCCAACGCAAACACGGAAGCUUGAUUUGAACGUAGACCUACAUGAACAUUUUCGAAAACAAAUCGUUCAAGAAAUAGUGGAAAGUGCAGAACAAGUUACAUUCCGCGGUUCUGGAUUUACGCUCGCCCGCAUAAUCGAGUUGAAUGUUCACGUCAACUUAUAUAACCCAUUACACGGUUCAUCGUAUAUUGAAACUCCUAAAAAGCUACGAUAUAAACAUGCAGUUAUUAAUGUACAAAAUCAACAUGAUGAAAUGUGUUUCAAAUGGGCUAUUUUGUCUGCUUUACACCCAGUUACAAAUAAUCCAGAUCGAAUUCGUCAUUAUUAUCAAUAUGAGAACGAAUUGAAUUUUGAUGGAAUCGAUUUUCCCGUUCGCUUGAAUCAAAUCGAUAAAUUUGUUCGACAAAAUGGCAAUAUAUCGAUAAAUGUAUACUAUUACGAUGAUGACAAUGAGGGCCGUAUAUGCCCAUUACGUGUGAGUAAUGAAGUUAAACAGCAUCACAUCCAUUUGCUGCUAAUCAAAGAUGGAGAAAGUGUUAAUAAAACUGAGGAAAGAAAUGUUAAAACAGCUAGCACUUCCAACAUGAUUAAGAAGAUCUGCGAUAAUGAUUCAAUUCGUACUCAUUAUUGUUGGAUAAAAAAUUUAAGCCGUCUUGUCAGAAGUCAGCUGAGUAAACAUAAAUCUCGAAAUUACAUUUGCGAUCGAUGUCUAAUAUUUUAUGAUACAAAUGAAAAAUUAUUGAAACAUACUGCAAAAUGUACAAACGAGUGUAGCAUUGAAAUGCCCGAUCAAACAUGGAAAUGGAUGAAAUUUGAUAACUAUAAACAUCAGCUGAAAACACCAUUUGUCGUUUACGCUGAUACUGAAGCGUAUCUGAAGGGGCUCAGUAUUGAAGAUCAGAAACGUGUAUUUAGUGAGGAAUGUGCAACUACCGCAUAUCAACAGCAUCAUAUGUACAGCGUUGGGUAUUACUUUAAAUGUGAAUUUGACGAUUCAUUUUCAUAUUACCGAAGCAGCGGCAAUCGUACCAAUAGCGUUGAAUGGUUCAUCACAGAAUUGAAGGAAAUUUCUCAUGGAGUUGCAAGGUUAUUUGAUAAAAACACACCAAUACUACCGUUAACUGAAGACGAGAGACAGACAUUUCAGAAUCCAUAUGCAUUAUGUACAAUUUGUGGUGAUAUUUUUGGAACAAAUGAUAUUAGAGUACACGAUCACUGUCAUCUCACCGGCCGAUAUAGAGGACCAGCCCAUCAAGCAUGCAACUUACAGUUCCAAGAUAGCCACGUUGUACCGGUUAUUAUGCACAAUUUGUCGGGGUACGACUCACAUUUAUUCAUAAAGGAGUUGGCAGCAAAUAAUAUUAUAAAUGGAGAUGUUUCAAUUAUUCCAGCUAAUGUGGAACAAUACAUAGCUUUCACGAAAGUAGUGACAGGGAGCACACGAGGGCUAAAUACGAGAGAAAACGUAAAAUUUAAAUUCAUUGAUUCAUGUCGAUUCAUGCCUGCAUCUCUAGCUGAAUUAGCAUCACUACUGCCAGCAGAUAAAAAACAAAUAUUGUAUAAUGAAUGUGAGAAAAAUGGCUACACACCAGAACAAAUCGUUAUGCUUGAACGUAAAGGCGUUUUUCCUUAUGAAUAUGUGAGCGGUAUGGAGCAGCUGAAGGAGACAAAUCUACCAUUAAAAGCAGAUUUUUACAGCAAACUUAGCGGAGAAGGAAUUUCGGAUGGCGAUUACCAAUUUGCUCACGAUAUCUGGCGGAAAUUCAAUUGUAAAACGCUCGGAGACUAUUCUGAACUAUAUCUAAAGACAGAUGUACUACUGUUAGCCGACGUAUUUGAAAAUUUUCGAAAUAUAUGCCAUACAAUUUACAGUUUGGAUCCGGCAAACUACUACACAGCUCCAGGUCUUUCGUGGGAUGCCAUGCUCAAAUAUACCGGAGUGAGAAUUGAACUAUUAUCUGAUGUGGAAAUGUUGCUGUUCAUCGAACGUGGAAUUCGCGGUGGCAUAAGUCAGUGCAGUAAACGUCAAGUCAAAGCCAACAAUAAAUACAUGAGAGAUGUAUACAAUGAUGAGAAACCGUCAAAUUAUUUAAUGUAUUUAGAUGCAAAUAAUUUGUAUGGACACGCAAUGUCGCAACCAUUACCGCUGAGAGAUUUCAAAUGGAUUGAUGACAACAUUGUAAAGACAGCUUUUUCGAAUGCAGAUAAAAUAGCUAAAUUAGCUGACGAUUCGAAAUAUGGCUAUAUAUUCGAGGUGGAUCUGCAAUAUCCAAAAAAUUUACAUGCUACACAUAAUGAUUUUCCAUUUUGUGCUGAAAAGCGAACGCUUCCGCAAGAAGUGUUCAAUAUCAUCGGUAUAAAACCGAAUAAAAUCGAUAAAUUAUUGUUAACGCUAUAUGAUAAAGAAAAUUAUAUCAUUCAUUAUCGCAUGCUCAAAUUAGCAUUACAACACGGCCUAGUAUUGAAAAAAGUACAUCGAGUACUUCAAUUCAAACAAAGUUGCUGGCUAAAACCCUACGUCGAUAUUAACACAGAGCUACGUACGCGAGCAACCAACGACUUUGAAAAGUCGUUUUUUAAAUAUAUGAUAAACUCCGUUUUUGGUAAAACGAUGGAGAAUCUGCGUUUGCGUGCAGAUAUCAAACUUGUCAACAAGUGGGGUGGGCGAUGUGGUGCAGGCAUGUUAAUUGCUCGACCAAAUUUUAAGAAAUGCAAAAUACUCAAUGAAGAUUUAGCAGUAAUUGAGCUACAAAAAACUCAUAUUAAAAUGAAUAAACCAAUAAUUAUCGGUAUGUCCAUCUUAGACAUAUCGAAAAUAACGAUGUACAGUUUUCUGUACGACUUUUUGAAACCUAAAUAUGGAAAAAAUUGUACGGUUGCCUAUACAGACACCGACUCUUUCAUACUUUCCAUUCAAACGGAUGAUUUCUACAAUGAUAUGAAGCAACACUUGAAUCGCUACGAUACAAGCGAUUAUCCGGAGAAGAAUGUUUUCAAAAUGCCUCGAAGAAAUAAAAAAGUGCCCGGUCUUUUCAAAGAUGAAUUAAACGGAGAGAUUUUAGCAGAAUUUGUCGGUCUACGUGCAAAAUGCUACGCUGUACUACCGUUUACAGCUAAAAUGAAAAAAUGUGAGUGUCCAGAAAGAGCUGUCACACCUCGCGUUAUAACAGAUAGUGAAUAUGUUGACUGCAUCGAAGAGAAUUGUAACAUCGAUAAAAAAUCUAAAGUUAUUAAAAAGUCUAAAGGUGUCAAAAAGAAUAUAGUGAAACGUAAUAUUGCAUUUAGCGAUUAUGUUGACUGUAUCGAGAAAAAUUGUAAUAUUUUACGUGAACAGCAUAAACUUCAUUCGAAAUCACAUCAAAUAUUCACAAUUAAACAGAAAAAAGUUGCCUUAAAUCCGUUCGACGAUAAGCGUUACCUUAUUCGUUCGAAUGGUAUUGAUACGCUAGCUUGGGGUCAUCAUGAAAUUAGUGAAAUUGAGAAAAAUUAUUGUUAGGUGAAACGUAAAUUUUCAUAUAAUUUUAAGUAAAAA